AUGUGGAUCAUCAACGCCAGAACCAUUCAGGUGGAAUUUGUCGUUAGCGAGCGGGACGCUUCUCCUUACGCUAUUAUCUCACACACAUGGGGAGAACCCCAGAAUGAGAUUACCUUUGAUGAUAUAAAACACUGGCAUUCGCGAGAUCUCUACGAUUCAAAGCGUCCUGGCUGGGAAAAAGUAGCACAAGCAUGUGCGAAAGCGCUGGAAUACAACUACGAAUAUAUGUGGAUUGAUACUUGCUGCAUAGACAAGUCCAGCAGUGCCGAGCUCCAGGAGUCAACCAACUCGAUGUUUGCUUGUUACUCUAAAUCAGCUAUAUGUUUCGCCUAUCUGUCUGAUGUUGAAUCCUCUCAUACAUCGGAGCGCCAGCAUGAUGAACAGUUUCAACGAUCACGGUGGUUCACCCGAGGCUGGACUUUGCAAGAACUUCUGGCUCCGACAAAAGUUGACUAUUUCAAUUGCUCAUGGCAAAAAGUGGGUGACAAAAUUGAACUAUGUGAUCUUAUCCCGCAUAUUACUGGUAUCAGAAGGCUUUAUCUCCGUGGGGGAGACAAAGCUGCCAGUCAAACCGCUACUGUGGCUGAGUGGAUGUCAUGGGCGGCGAAAAAGAAAUAUCACGAGGCUUGA